AUGUAUUGUAACAUGCACUGUUUUGAGACUCAAACAAUCGAACGAAAAUGCCGCAUUCUACUCCAUUACGUGAAACAAUGUAAUGGGAUCUGUACUUCCAAGAGGAGGCUGGACGGUAGAACGGUGAUCAUCACGGGUGGUACUUCGGGCAUGGGUUUGGAGAUCGCGGUAGACCUGGCUGAAAGGGGAGCCAGGGUGAUCGUGGCCUGCCCCUUUGAGGAUGAAGGCGAGACCGGUACGAAAGCCAUCAUCCAAAGAAGCGGCAGCGACAACGUUGUCUUCAAACUACUGGAUCUAUCCUUGAUGUCCUCCGUACGGAAAUUCGCAAAGGACAUCCUCGAAAAUGAAAGGAGAGUGGACAUUCUAGUGAACAAUGCUGGAACCUGCGCGCGCCAACAGUUCCACACAUCUGACGGGCUAAACUACAUCAUGGCUGUCAACUAUUACGGAGCCUACCUUCUAACACUCCUACUGCCUUUGCUACGAAAAUCCAAAGACGAACCAGCUAGAAUCAUCAACGUAUCGUCUGUACUACACUAUUUCGGUCUUAUAGACAUUGAAAACUUAAAUUCUGUGAAUCGCAGUACGUCAGCAGUACGGGUAUAUGCCAACAGCAAGCUAUGCCUGACUUUAUUUACUAUGGAACUAGCUAGAAGGAUAAAGAGUAACGCGAUAAUUCAUGCCGUAGAUCCAGGGGCAGUCGGAACACCAAUAUACCUUACCUUUGCUGGGAAAAUCGGUAUACUAGCUACUAUAAUAUUAAAAUACGUCCAAAAGACUCCUUGGGAGGGUAUGCAGACUGCGCUCCAUGUGACUUUAGAUAGAGAAGCGGGGAGUACCAGUGGCGGCUUCUAUAGGAACUGUGAACCUGCUAGAGCCAGAAAGACAGCUUAUGAUGAGAAAUUAGCGGGUAGACUGUGGACGGAGUCGGCUAGACUGGUCAAUCUAAGUGAGGAAGACGUACAGAAUUUGCUUUACAAAUGA